AUGCAACAACCUCUUGGGUUUGUUGAUCCCAAUUCUCCCACUUCAGUUUGUAAGUUGAAGAAAUCCCUAUAUGGACUAAAACAAGCUCCUCGAGCUUGGUUUGAUAAACUUUUUCAAGCUCUUCAUUCUCUUGGGUUUCAACAAUCUUCAUCCGAUGCCUCAUUGUUUGUUCGUCAUGGUCCUCAUUUGGUUAUUGUUCUUGUGUAUGUUGAUGACAUUCUAGUAACCGGUCCUCACUCUCAAAUCUGUCAACAGUUUAUCACUCAACUCAGUUCUCAGUUUCCAGUCAAGGAUCUUGGUCCUUUACACUACUUCUUGGGCUUAGAAGUACACAGAUCCUCCCAUGGCAUUUUUGUUCAUCAAUCCAAGUACUUAAUUGAUCUUCUUAAGAAAACACACAUGGAGGGUGCCAAACCGUGCUGCACACCCCUUAGUUCCACAAAAUUAGAUAACAGUGGGCCUCUCUUGUCCAACCCCACUGAAUAUCGUUCUAUUGUUGGGGGAUUACAAUACCUUACUUGGACUAGACCGGAUCUCGCUUUUGCUGUCAACCAGAUCUGCCAAUUCAUGCAUGUUCCCAGGGAACAACAUCUUCAGGCAGCUAAACGAGUUCUUCGAUUUCUUAAAGGUUCUUUUUCCCAUGGUUUAUGGUUCACCAAGGGUUCAACCCAUCUUUCAGCAUACUCUGAUGCUGAUUGGGCUGGCUGCACUUUUGAUAGAAGAUCUACCAGUGGCUAUUGUGUGUUCUUAGGCUCCAAUCUCAUUAGCUGGAGUGCUAAGAAACAAAGUACUGUUGCACGGUCAUCUACAGAGGCUGAAUAUCGCUCCUUAGCUCAUACAGCUGCUGAACUUACUUGGGUUUGCAAAAUCCUCAGAGAUCUUCACUUCCCUAUCCCUACACUGCCUACACUUUGGUGUGACAACAUCUCAGCCAUCUCCCUAGCAUCUAAUCCUGUUUUUCAUGCUCGUACAAAGCAUGUUGAGAUUGAUUACCACUAUAUUCGAGAAUUGGUUUUAGCUAAUCUUCUCAAAGUUCAGUAUGUUUGCAGUGCAGACCAAUUAGCUGAUCUUCACACCAAGUCCUUAUCCAAAAGUCGAUUUCAGUUCUUGUGCUCCAAGCUACCCAUUGGAAUCUGUUCUGAUUCCCCUUCUAGCUUGAGGGGGUGUAUUAGGGAAAAUGACAAGUCACCCAUUUCAGUUACUGUAAAAUAG